AAGACGGUGGACUGACCCCUGGUCCUCUAACGUUACUUUCUGUAUCGGAGCGAUUCGCGGAUGGCGGACACGGCGGUAUUGCCCCGUUCAGCUGCGUGAGCGCUCCGGAAGAUCCGCUCUCCAAGUCCCGGCUCUUUCUCUCCGGCUCUCUCCCUCCCUCCCCCCCGAUCCCCGGCCAAACUGAGCCGAUUUUGGAGAGGGGAGAGAGGGGAGAGAGGGAGUGAGUAAAACAAGCUUUAGACCAAAUAAUAAUAAUAAAAAAAACUAAAAGUUCUUCCCGAAACGAAACGCUGCGCGGUGCAGCCACGCACAGAUGAUGGGAGAUUUCGCCAGCCCCGCUACCGCCAACGGCGGCGGCAGCCUUUGCAUUAACAGCGCCGUCAACCUGAACGCUGCUAUCGGCGCUAGCAGCAGCGGCGGCGGCGGUGCUAACAGCGGCAGCGCCGGUAACAACAGCGGCAGCACCGGCGUCCCCAAGCACAGCACCGUGGUGGAGAGGCUCCGGCAGAGGAUCGAGGGCUGCCGGCGUCACCACGUCACCUGCGAGACCCGCUACCAGCAAGCCCACGCCGAGCAGCUGGAGAUCGAGCGCCGGGAGACCGCGGCGCUUUACCAGCGCAGCCUGGAGCAGAGGGCGAAGAAGGCGGCCAGCGGCGGCAGCAAGCAGGGCAAGCAGCAGCAGCAGGAGCCGGACCCGGCCGCCGCCGCUGCAGCCGAGCAGCGGAGCAGCACACUGAUAGCGCUCCAAGAGACAGUGAAGAGAAAGCUGGACAAUGCUCGAUCUCCGCUAAAUGGUGACCAGAACGGGAUCUGUGAUGGAAGCUACUCUCCCACAACAAAGAGACUGCGUAAAGAGGGUAAUGGUGGGCUGGACUCUCUGAGCACUUUGUCCAGCAGUGUACCCCCUAUCUCUCCACUUCACCAAAUGGACAUCAAACCCACAUUACCUACAAGCAACAACGCAACAUCUAAUAACAAUGCAAUGGGUAAUGGCAAUGCUGGGACCAACCACAUUACAGGGCGAACAGAGGAUUUGGGCAAGAAUGGCGGCAUGCCGGACAUUAAAUUGAAUGGAUCAUUAGAUCUAGAUGACGGCUUCAGCCUUCUGAAAGACAUAAAACCUGAGCCUUUGGAUGACCCAAGUGGGAUAGAAUCGUCAGACACGUCGUUGUCCAAUCAGAACAAGCUGUUCUCUGAUAUUAACCUGAACGAUCAGGAGUGGCAGGAGCUGAUUGAUGAGCUGGCAAACACGGUUCCAGAAGAUGACAUGCACGACCUCUUUAAUGAGGACUUUGAGGAAAAGAAGGAGGUUAGUGACUUUGCACGUCCCGCAUCAGAGCAAACACAGCAGCCGCAAGAGCCUGCACCUCCUCCGGUUGCCGCAGCGCCCAAUAACCCACCACAAACACAGAGUGGACAGAUGUCUAUAGGCUCACCACAGGUGCGGCCAGCGUCUUCUGGACCACCAUUCGCCACUGCUGCCAAUGGCACACCGCCCCAGCAACCCUUGCAGCAGUCGCCAGCAGUUGCAAUGGCAUCAGGUUCACCUGCCAACUGCAUUGCCCGGUCACCACAAACUCCCACACAGGCCCAGACGCAGACCUCCAGGCCUGGGAAUGGAUUUAUGAUUAAUCCAGGGCCAGGUGUAGGUCACGGAGGGUCGACCCCAAUAGCGCCAGGUGGUCCUGGACCAGGAGGAGGAAGUGGACCAGUCCCUGUUCCCGUUCCACCAACCACUGAACUUUCACCUGCUGAACAGUUAAAGCAAAUGGCAGCGCAACAACAGCAACGUGCCAAGCUCAUCCAACAAAAACAUCAACAGCAGUCGCAGGCUGCGAGCUGGUCCCCCGCAGGAGCACCAACAAGCCCAUAUGGGGGACCUUUCAAUCCUGACAAGCCAAAUAGUCCCAUGAUGUACCCACAAGCCUUCAAUGCCCCUAACUCUAUGAUGCCCAAAGCUGGCAUGAACAACUACCUCCCUCAGAACCACAUGAACAUGUUGAACCAGCAACAGCAGCAGCAAUCUGCCAGCAUGGCUGCCCAGAACGCCCUGAACAAACAGCUCUCGUACAGCAACACCAAACCAUUGAGUCAUUUCAGCGGUGUGGACCACAUGAGUCAGCGGAUGACCCCACCCAUGGCCAACCAGGCCAAAAACCCCAUAAUGCCCUACAUGCAAGGAGCAGGGGGACAGGGUGGAGGGCCACCACCAGCUCAAGGUCCCAUACCUGGCCAGACGGCACAUCUGACUGAAGAGCAGAAGAGAAUGAUGAUGAUGAAGCAGAAGGUGCUUGGUCAGAGUUUGCCGUACAGUGCGAUACAGCAACAUGCGCAGGAACAGGGCAUGGUGGGGAUGCCACGCCAGGCCAGUGGCGUCCAGCCCCCUCAUGGAGGUCCAGGGGGCGUGGCUUCUGCAGGGCCGAACGGGGCAGGACCUGGGGCAGGGCCAGGUGGUUACCUGGGCAACCAGCAGCAGCAGCAACAGCAGCAAGCGGCCAUGAUGAAGCAGAUGAUGGCUAUGGAACAGGAGAAAAGAGUGCAGCUCCACAUGAUGGAGCAGCAGAAAGCUCAGCUACUGAGGGAACAGAGGCAACAGCAACACCACCUACUGGCAGAGCAGUUACAGCAGCAGCAGCAGCAACAGCAUCUUCCAAGACAGAUGAGUCAAGCACAGAGAAACCCGUAUCCUCUCCAGCAGUUUCAGGGCCCAGCGCAGGAGAUGGUGGCGCGGAACCAGGCGCUUCAGAACAUGAGGAACGCUCGCCUCCUACAGCAGCAGCAGCAGCAGCAGCAGCAGAGCCAAGGCAUCCUACAGAUGACCCCAGUGCAGAACUCCGGCCCCAUGCCUGGUCAGGGCGAGAUGGGCGUGGCCUACGGGAGCCAGGCAAGUGGCCAGACGGGCAUGUACCAGGGCAUGAACUCGGGAAUGGGGCAAAUGCUCCAACCUCAGCACCACCCGAACCAAGGUGGCAUGGGCAUGGGGCAAAGACCCUCGGGCAACAACACACAGGGGAUGGUAGCGGGCGGGGCUGGGGGUGGCGGCUACGGUCAAGGCAUGCUAAUGAACCCCGCGCUGUCUCAGCAGCAGAUGAAGCCGGGCGGUGUCGGGCAACCGAUGGCCAAAGCCCAGGCACAGAGACUGCAAAGCAUGAUGGGUGGUGGAGGCCAGGGGUGGCCCCAACAGCAGCAGCAGCAGCCACAAAAUCUACAAGCCAUGGGCGGAAGGACUACAAACGACAUGGUGGCGUUUAACAGCAACUACCCAAUGCAAGGCGGCCAGCCAUCAAGAAUGCCCAAGCAGCAUUUUGCCCAAGGGAUGGGCGGCCAGGGCAUGGUGGACCCACGGGCCAUGAACCCAGCUGGCAUGGGCGGACCCAUGAUGCCGCACAUGGCUGGCCAGCCACGGACCGGCCAGCCGCGAGGCAUGGUGAUGCCCGGCAUGAGCCAGGGCAGCAUGCCCAACAUGACGGCUUUUGGACAGGGCUCCGCCCAGGCGAUGCCGGGGGCAGGGCCAGGGGGAGGGGCUUACAUGUCAGGCGGUCAGCCACAAGGCUACCAACGGACGUCUAAUCAGGACCUGGCAUACGGUUACGGCGCCCAAUCGGGAGCCGGAGGCGGGGUCUCUUUCGGCCUUUCGGAUGGUGCAGAGCUGGACUCGACGGACGGUUGGAUGGAGGAUUUUUUUUCCAGCCAAUAGCCAACAUGGAAACAUGCUAAGUUUGGGACAGGCCGGGAAAAAAAGUGUUUCGUUUUUUUUUUUUGUUUGUUUGUUUGUUUUAGUUUUUUUUUUUUUUUUUUUGAGAAAAAAAGGAAAGGAUUUAUGGAUGUGUUUUGUUUUCUUGUUUUCAUUUAAUGUUCUACAAUUUGGGAAGAAUAUUACAUGUUGUGUAUUGUACGUGUGCUGUCACUAUAUUUAAACCAACAAUCUCUGAGCUAUGCUCUCCUCUAGAAGCCGAGUCUCUUUAGACUUAUUGAUGUGCCCAUCUUUCCUUCAAUUCUGCAGUGUUUAUUUUAAUGUAAAGAUUCUGAUUCAGUUUCCUUCAAACUUUCCCGCAGGACUGUCACACUGAAAAACUGAAGUGAAUUCUGAAACGGAACGAGUUUUGUUCGGUUUUGGUUAGACGAGAUGUUAGCCCUCAUCCGCAGAAGUCUGUUUGGUUAGUCAACAACUAAGUGUGAAGUGUGUUUGUGUGUGUGAGAGAGAAUACAUGAACAGAAUACCACCACAGUCACCUUCCCAAGAGAUCCCUGUUCUUUAAAAGCCAAACAUCAUCCUCCUCUUUCUUUCUCUGUUCUUGUGUUACAUCUCUUUUACUUCCUCCUUCUCUCUGGAAACUGAUGCUGUGGCCCAUCGCUUUGCUUUGCGUGUGCGUGUGUGUGUGUGUGUGUGUGUGUGUGUGUGUGUGUGUGUGUGUGUGUGUGUGUGUGUGUGUGUGUGUGUGUGUGUGUGUGUGUGUGGCUGCAUGUGUUUUUGUUUGCACUGCAAGCAUCAUGAUUUGUUUUCCCUUAGCUUGUGUAUCAUGGAUGUUCUGCUGUAGCUGGGCAACCAGUGUUAGCCAUGUGUCUGUAUGUGUGUGCGUCUUAACAGUAAUCAAAGAGACUUGGCAGCUACGAAUUUAUCUCUCCACCUUAAAUCAAAAAGCUGGAAGAGAUUAUGUUUUUCUCAUAAGUCAUAUGGCAGCUAGGAACACAAGCAUGGCAUCACCCGUAUGGGCCGAAAACACACAGUUCUCAAACACAACAUCCAGAGCUGGGCUGUGAAUGCGACGGCUUCUACAAGUGACUUUGGUUUGUUUUAUUUUGUCUUUCACACAGAAAAGAGAGCUAAAAUAGAAAUGACCGUUCCCAUCUGAUUGGAAGAAUUCUGCUUGUUUUGUUUGAGCAGAUAUUUCAGAUCUGUCGUCUUUGUCCUCUUUUAUUUCGCGCAGUGCUAUACAGAAGUCAGAGCCCC